AAGAUGGCGGUCCGCAGCGUCGGAGCCCAGUACACUGCAUUGUGAGAGCAGCAACGAGCCGAAGGAGGGAGCACCACAGCACUGCAAGAAACCAACAAAACACAGCCGCAUAGCGAGCGAACCUGCACCGUCGUUACUCUGAUAGAGGAGUUGCCUUGGGUGGCUGACAAAAGAAGACACUAGUGACAAAAAAAACUCUCUAGGUGCAGCUUUGAGGCUACCAGACGGUGGAAAUAAAUAAACAGGGAGACAGUGACAGAGUGAUCCGUUUGCCGCAUUGUUGUCGUCGUAGCCGUAACUAGAAAAAUUUCAUUUUUGUUUCUCUCACGAGAAAGAAGUCAGUCUCUUUCCAACAGGCUGCUGCUGCUGUUACUUCUUUUCUACCAACCUGUCUGAGUGACUGACCGAGUGCUUGGCAGAAAACAGCAAAAAGGCGCACGCACUUUUCUGCCAGCAGCAUCACGGUGAUAGUGUGCGUGUGCAUUUAUUUAUAUGUCUGUUUGUGAUAACGGCCCGGUCUUUAUUGUUCCUUUUCCCUGGUGGUUUCGUAUCAUCCCUGUCUGAAGAUUGACGUUUUCAACCGAGUAAUGAUGGCAUGUGCAAAUACAUGGCAACAAUCAUUGCAUCACUGAAUAGAUUGCAUUUUGCUUUAUUGUCAGCGGAUAGAGCCGUUCGUUGAGAGCUCGGUCUGGUGCUGAUAGUGUCAAUGUCAUGUUGUUUUCGUCCGCUGUCCGGUGAAAAUCACGACAAAUACCCGUUUUUAAAUUGCAGUUUGCAGUGUUAACGAGUAGGUGGUGGGGCAAAAAGCCUACAGCACAAAAUAGAUCAACCGGUCGUUCUCGAGUCGCCCAGAAUCGCUUCGAUGUUCUACUCACCUGGGCAGCUGACGGUUCAGUUUAUGAAUGAUACUAUAUUACUAAUCAACUUCAAUGAUGUGUAAAGUGCGUGAAACUGUAUUGCUAUUUUUCGAGGUUGCACUGAACUGAACUAGGCAGCAGGUUCUUCAGGCAAUCGGUCAGCGAGGGAAGCGAGCAGCACUUCUCCGACCGUGUCCGUGGGCACGGGUUAUAGCAGCCAAGUGUUAACGUAUUGUGCCUGUGGUUGUGCUCCUAUCAUUUCGUCUCGACGUAUUUUACGACAGCCGCCGGUGGCCAUUGUGUACAUGCGGUGGCGACGACGACGGCGACGAUUGUUUUUACGUACUUCGAUUACAGAUAAACUAUUGUGGCGUCUUCAUUUUUGCCUUCAUCUACAUCUACGUCUUCACAUGUGUUAAUCGACACAAAGUCGUCGAAGCCCGUUAAUCGACGCCAGCUAUUCAAGAUGGGCAGGUCAACACGCGAGCUACGCCAGCUGAGCCCUCCCGUACUCAGUAUAGUUCUACUUCUGUUCGCUUCAACUACGACAUCGCUCGGCGACCCAUGUCAUCUCCCAAGCCAAAAGAACGUAGUUUUCGUUGAUAUGCCGUUUAAGCUAUCGGUCGAAAAUCACCAUGAAAUGUAUCUGUUGUGUCGCCUGGUAAGUGACACGAUUCAAGUAGGUAAUGAAAGCAUCAGGAUCGAUUCAUCGAAUCUGCGCUUUAAGAGGUUAGACCUGGCUGGAGGAUACCUUAAUACGACGAGUCCGUUCGUGAAGGAGAUCAAUAAGUCGGCCAUUGCCUUCGUGAAGAAUGACACCGAGGUGGAUGAUAGCGGGCCAUACACUUGCGUAGCAGAGGCCGAAGGGAGAUACUUUCCUGGCUGUACAGCCGAGGUGGAGAUCGGCACUCGGCCUCAAAAAGUGCUCAACUUCUCGUGCAUUGUGACCGCAUUCCUGAAUAUGACGUGCAGUUGGACGAAUCCUGACAAUGGUAAAGUCCUAACAAACUACACCAUUGAAGUGGUUCGAGGCUUGAAUAUGUUCAAUAGAUGGGUGUCCUGUCCGGCCAACCAUACGACCGAAAAUUCCUGCACGUGGACAACGGGAUCAGAUCCGUAUUUCGAGAAGUACGCCUUAUCCUUCAUGUUUAGGGUAAAUGGAACCAACAGCCUUGGCCACGAAAGCUGGAACUAUAUGUUUGAUCAUAAUGCAAUCCUGAAGCUCACUCCGGUCACUCAUCUUAACCAAAGUAACUUGACGGAACGCGGAGUCACAAUUACGUGGAAACAGCCUGCCGAAGCUCAGCAUCGUAAUGUACCCUAUGGCAACGUGUCGCCUGAAAAGGUCAUUUAUCAGAUCACCUUGCGCCGUCAAGGCGCUGAAUAUAAAAUGACCGAAACGGAAGGGCCCGAACAAAUCAGCUACGACAAUCUGCUGCCUAACAAAGAGUACACAGUGGAGAUUCGUUGCCAUAUGGAGAAGGCGACCAGGUUUGAUCUCUAUUCAGAUCCGGCAAUUCUUUCAUUUAAAACACUAAAGGAUAAACCUGAUGGACCACCUGUGAUUUACCAAAGCGGCUUCCGCUCGAAACUCUACACGGAUAGUCGUACCGUCACCCUUGUGUUUACUGAAGUUGAUCGCGACAACUGGAAUGAUGAUACGUUCAACUACAUCAUCCAAGUUUGUCCUAGAUUCAGCAAUUCUGACGGGUGUAAAAAUCAUACUGUAAGCCAUUCCAUGUUGGACAUUGAAGAUCUUUCAACGUUGACCCAAUAUGAGGUGACGAUUUGGUCCAACAACUCGAUCGGAACAGCAAACCGAACAAGCAGUAUGACAAUUUUUAGUCAGGCCGAAGUUCUCUCGAGCCCACAGGACAUAUCUGUUGUCAUUAGUGAGGACAGUGCGUCGAUCACGUGGCAGGUUCCAGACUCCUUGCGGCAUGCAAGGGACAAUGGCGAGUUGGAAACCGUCCUCUAUUGGUGCAAAAGCUUCAUCGAAGAUGUGUGCAACGGCACCGCUUACUCGAAAGUGCUCCCCGGAUCUAGGACAUCAGAUGUGAUCAAGGUCCGUCAACCGCGCGAUUACAUCUAUGGGCUUGGCCUAACAACGAUGAAGACCGGCCAUAGCUCGGGUGUUGUAUGGAGCAAAUGUGUCUCGCAAGCUGGCGCUUACGUUGGCUUAGUUCGCGAACUGAGAGCCGACGCAGAUACUGAUACGUCCAUAAAGGUGCACUGGGCUAAAAUGUGUAGUUCGCAAAGAAAAUACAUUGGCGGAUACCAGGUCGAAUAUUGUCAUAUUAAGCGUGAGGAUGUUAGUAUGCUGGUCAAUUCGAAUGACGAGUGUCAACGUCACACACUGACGGCAAGCGUAAAUAGCAGCGGUUUCAAUUCUGGAUCAACGACAUCGUCAUCAUCAUGUCAGAAGCAAAAUUUCACCCUAGAAGAUAAUGAGGCCCAGUACACAAUUGAAGGUCUAACGAAAGGCGAAUCGUACCGUAUCGUGGUACGUGUUAUGGACAAGAUGUCCGGCAGGUACACGCCGGACUCAGCCGCGGCGUGUGCAACCGCUAAUGGCGGAAUGAGAGUGAUUAUGGUUGUUGGCAUCGGUGUGGGCUGUUCAGUUGGACUCGUUGUGUUUGUGAUCGCGCUGUACAUGUUCGGCAAGUGGAUACAUCGGAAAGUUGAUGCAGCAAAAGAAGUCAAGGCAACCUUGCCGCCCCCAUUACAAAAAGAUGGCGGAGCUGGCUACAGCGACUGGGUAGCGCGCGUUAACGGUGUCAACUUAAACGGACACGGCGGCUAUUUGGAUCAACACAAUGGAGAUGUUACAAUCCUUAGUGAUUUUCCACGGAGGGGCUCUCAUUCAUGUUUGGACAAGCUCAUUAUUGAGAAGGCCCCAGUUGUCACCGUGGAGACGCCUGCGAAGCUUGUAAACGGUGACCCCCGGGUAUCGGCGAACCUGAACAGAGAACCAAUUUCCCUGGAAGAACCUCUGACGGGGGUGCUGUUCUCGUCUAACCAGGGAGUAUUGCCCCGAUCACAGCCCUACGAUGCUUCAAAUCAUGAUCACAGCAACAGCUCACCGAUGCCGCCUUACACCCAGCUCGGGCUUAGUCAUCUAGCUGCUGGCGCUAAUCAAGUGAACGGCCACGGGCCACACAAUCACAGUGGCAUUACGGGGUACUCGCAACUAUCGGUGAUUAGCGACCAUCCUUCCCCUGAACCGAUAGCCCCUCCGGACGUUAUUCCAGGCAUGAACACGACAGGCCACCAUGGCGGCGGCCAUGAUGACGACGACGAUGCUAGCAGCGGAUCUCUUGAAGAUGACAAUACAACAGACCGUUCUCCGUUGCAUAGUCCACGUCGAUCGCCGGCCUCGACCAGUACUGUGACGCGAGCCGGGGGCUACGUCUCCGCAGAUCGGGCUAUGGUGACGCCGAUGCCACAUACGACGUCCGCAUCAGUACCAGUAUCGAACGGCUACGUGCCGGUCCAACGGGCCAAUCAGUGAAAUUGACGGCGGGCGGAAUCCACGACUAAAACCCCACCGACUCUAAAGAAUCUGGUUAAAGGAGCGAGAGGCCUCGCGGCGACUGAAACAUGAUGCGUCUAUGUCCACGUUAUCUCCACUGGUAGUAACGAUUGUUCGCAGUCUCGUUACAACUUCAGCCAGAUCUAAGUAGCAACCCCCUAAAUUCGAGUGCCGGUGAAGGCAAUGGACGGUGCACAGAAUGGGUCCACGCAAGACUGGACCUUUUUUCUGACGGGAUAGGUGUUCCGUUUUGGUUAAUCUACUGGUUAAUCUACUCAGCUUCGCACCCCCCCGCCAUAACAAAUUUACAGCUUGACAUAGACCUGUAGUGUAGUUUCCUGUGAUGUAAAAGUAAAUUGAGGAAGCUGUAGCCAUUUUUUUCCCGCACCAUUGUGCCAUUGCCUGUUGAUCCGGUUGUCAUCGUUUUCGUUGUUGUUGUCGUCUUCGUCGUGAUGAUCGUCAAGCUCAAUGCUAACAAGCUUUCCUCUGAAAUCGCCUCAAACUAGGAACUUGCUUAGCCUUACGUUUAAGAACAAGUACCUAUCAGAAAUAUUGCUUCUUCGAAUUGCCGCCAUUAAAGCAUGAGUUUUCUGGCCAUGCUGGUGCCGAUCACUUUGCCGCGUUAUUGAAACUAUAAGUUGCAGCUCAAGUAGAUAGAAGAGGAUUGCGGAGGAAUAGUGGUGGGUGCUUGAUAAGCGGACACGAAUGAUACCUAAAAGUGCACAUGUUGUGGCCGCGCUCGCGUUUAUGUACGAGCUAUGAAGAGGCAAGGACAUAUAUUGGUAUUAAAGACAGCCUUUGGUGACCUUAGCCGGAUAACUUUGUGACGACGACGACAACAACAAAAAUAAGGACAUGUCAAUAGCUAUGUACGAUAACGAAUAUUAGCCGUUCGACCCACAUUACUGGCAUCAUGUCAGUAAAUCGUCACGAUAAUUUAUAUGAUGAUAUAAUUUUUAGGGAACAAAUAGCGCUUAUUAAGCGUGAUCGUAAAAAAGAAAAUGCUAGAAUUAAAUUUCGCCGUUUCGGGGUUCUUACAGGCCCACCGGCCCCUUAGGCAAUUCCAAAACCUGUGUCCACGAUGGAGAGGCAUAGGCGGACAGUAUCAAGGAAGAAGGCUAUGAAAAAUGAAAAAUUACGCAUAUACACAUUUGUACCCAUUUAUAAAAGAUUGAAGGAGCUUCGUGUGCGUUGAGUUCGGCGAUUUUCGAAGAAGUUUCUCUAUUUAAUUGUAGAAAAAUAUUGUGGAUAUUAUAUCUAGUGUUCAGCGACCAGCUUUACAUGUAUAUUGAACGUGGUGAGCGAUGAGACGUUACCUGUAGAGUGGUAUAAAUAUGUCCGUAUGCUUGUGCUUUCGUAUGGCUUGGCUUCGGAAAACUGCAAAUCAGCAUGCACGACGAGGAUGGGAACAAAUGCGAAACAAGCCCGACAUACAUACCGCUAACAGCUAUAUAUAUAUAUAUAUAUAUAUAUAUAUAUAUAGAAAAAAUGCAAGCUAGCGCAAUACAGUAAGAAAGGGAAUGACAGAGAUAAAUAGAACGAUCAAUUUGAUCAUCUAAUACAACGGCAGCCCUGGCUGAAUAACCGCACAGGUUUGUAGAGUUACGCUAAUAGGGAAUUAAACUGUGUGGCCAUAUAGCCGAUGCUGCCAAUCAACGACACUGAACGAUGAUGAUAUGAAAUAACUUAUGAAGAUGGCCGUUGAUACAGACACCAUUACACUCAAACGAUUCAAAUAUAUAGGCAACAAAAGAGAAUAAGGCAAACGAGUAGGACAAACAACGGCAAUAUAGAGUAGUCAGCACGGAACACUAUAGUGGUCUAUUUUUAGAUUACCGUUUUACUAUUUACCAACAUUGCGAUACAGGAAGAAAGACAACAUGACAAACUAAACGGGACUCAAAAGGAUAGGCACGAAAAGGCAAAUUCGUCCAAAGCAAAUGAGUGAAUGGGAGCUUUUUGAAUGUGGAAAGUGGCGAAACUUUUUAGUGGCUCUACGGAGCAACAACGCAUGACCUAUGUUGCUUUGGUAGCGUAGAACUAGGAUGGUGGUAGAGGUCAGGACGUCGAAUGAAAGAAGGUGCGUGACGAAAAACUAUACGGAACAAACAAUCCAAUGGUAGGAAAACUGGGCGACAACGACAGCUCUGUCUGCGGUUCGGCAUACACCCUGGCGAUUGGUAUACGUACGAUGGUAUCUUCCUCUUGGUACCGAACGUUUCGAUAGAAGGAGGCAUAAUUAGGAAAGUCAGGUGAUUCAAAAGCUGAUAGCGCAAAUAGACUGGAUAGGAUAAUCGAGUGUGUUAUCUGUUGAGACGCUCUUACGCCAUCGCUACGGUUGCAGCUGCUGCCACUUUUUUUACCCUAUCAGAACUAUUAAGACUUCUUUGAUCACAUUGAAGUUACACUGUUCGAGUAGAUAUUAGCCACCGUGAAGAACUUUGCUUCUGCUCACGGAUUCACUAUGUAUAGCUGGGUAGCAGCAGUGAGUACUGCGUGUAAUGAUAAUUGGCCUCUUGAAAUUGCUAAAGGUCGUCUAAAUAUAGAACAGAGGAUAUCAUAGUGAAAGAAACAGAACGACCGUAAAUGCAACACGCACAGAACGGCGGCACGAACGAGCGUAAAAGCUAAUGAGGGUCGCCUGUAAAAGAGAACGAAGUUUAACUAGGGCGGAGAAAAACAUUUAUUUGUCGUAGAAGAAGUAAAACAAGGGUAUUUGGAAGAACGGACAAUACUGAAUGAUGGUAUAGAAGACGACGGUCUGCCUGCCUGCCUGUAUAUUCCACUGUAAAUAAAAUUGUAUAUAUUGUUGCUGUUGAAUCCAGCGUGAAAGCUGGAACAAUCACUGACAUGAAGCAAAAUAGAGAGCGGAUGUGUCAAAGAAGUUUGAGCGUUGGGAGGAACAUACGCAUUAUUUGGCUAAAAUUUAUUUAGAAUUACGAGCGUAAAAGUAGAAGGUAGAAUGAUGACGGGGAUGAACCACAAGAAUUACGUCAGGACAUCAAAAAAGUUUGCGAUGAUGAUGAUGAUGAUCAUGAUCGUGUUUAUCAUUGAGGACUUCAGGCUGUAACGAUGUAAAGGCAUGUGCGAA